GCCCAUGAGUGUGUAUCAGUGCGUUCCAGUCUCUGUGUGUGAGUGUCGUCCCCAGUCCCCCCCCCCCCCAUCUCUAAUUAGUGGUUUGGGGUUUGUUCCUUUUCCCUCCUGUUCCUUCCCUCUCAGCGCGCGGCAGCUUCAGCAGCAGCGGGAGCAGCAGCAACAGCGGUCGUAGCUGACUCUGGAGUCUGAGCAGAACUGUGGGAUCUGAGCCUGAGUGGGAACAGGAGCAGAGCCGGCUGGGAGAGGAGGAGCUGAGCCCUCUGGGGACCCUCGGGCCACCCCCUGCCAGCACUCCUGCUGCCAGUCCUUCAGAGCGGACAGAGCCAGGACACUUAGCUCCAGACCCCCAGCCUCAGGAUGGCGUCCUCCCUGCUUGAGGAGGAAGCUCAUUAUGGCUCCAGCCCCCUGGCCAUGCUGACAGCGGCGUGUAGCAAAUUUGGUGGCUCCAGCCCUCUGCGGGACUCCACGACAUUGGGAAAAGCCAGCGCCAAGAAGCCAUACUCUGUGGGCAGUGACCUUGCAGCCUCCAAAACCAUGGGAGAUGCCUACGCAGCCCCCUUUGGGAGCACCAAUGGGCUCCUCUCUCCUGCAGGCAGCCCUCCAGCACCCACCUCGGGCUAUGCCAAUGACUACCCUCCUUUUACCCACUCGUUCCCUGGGCCCACAGGUACCCAGGACCCUGGGUUACUAGUGCCCAAGGGGCACAGCUCUCCUGAUUGCCUGCCCAGCGUCUACACCUCUCUGGACAUGGCGCACCCCUAUGGCUCCUGGUACAAGGCUGGCAUCCAUGCAGGCAUCUCACCAGGCCCAGGCAAUGCUCCUGCUCCCUGGUGGGACAUGCAUCCCGGGGGCAACUGGCUAGGUGGUGGGCAAAGCCAGGGGGAUGGGCUGCAAGGGACACUCCCCACAGGUCCUGCUCAGCCCCCACUCAACCCCCAGCUCCCCACCUACCCGUCCGACUUUGCCCCCCUUAACCCAGCCCCUUACCCAGCUCCCCACUUGCUGCAGCCAGGGCCCCAGCAUGUUUUGCCCCAAGAUGUCUAUAAACCCAAGGCUGUGAGCAACAGCGGGCAGCUGGAAGGGAGUGGUGGAGCCAAACCUCGUGGUGCAGGCACAGGGGGCAGUGGCGGGUACGGGGGCAGUGGAGCUGGGCGGUCCUCCUGCGACUGCCCCAACUGCCAGGAGCUGGAGCGCCUGGGUGCGGCCGCUGCUGGGCUGCGGAAGAAGCCCAUCCACAGCUGCCACAUCCCUGGCUGUGGCAAAGUGUAUGGCAAGGCCUCACAUCUGAAGGCCCACCUACGCUGGCACACGGGCGAGAGGCCCUUCGUCUGCAACUGGCUUUUCUGCGGCAAGAGGUUCACCCGCUCGGACGAGCUGGAGCGCCACGUGCGCACCCACACCCGGGAGAAGAAGUUCACCUGUCUGCUCUGCUCCAAGCGCUUUACCCGCAGUGACCACCUCAGCAAACACCAGCGCACCCAUGGCGAGCCAGGCCCGGGGCCCCCUCCCAAUGGCCCCAAAGAGCUGGGGGAGGGUCGCAGCACAGGGGAGGAGGAGGCCAGUCAGACACCCAGGCCCUCUGCCUCUCCAGCACCCCCAGAAAAAGCGCCUGGGGGCAGCCCGGAGCAGAGCAACCUGUUGGAGAUCUGAGCUGGGGGAGGGCUCCUGAGCUGGGCC